CCCAAGUUUAGUCCCACCAAACUCUCUCUCUGUCUCCCCCAAUCUCUCUCUCUCUCUCAAGCAAAGAAGGAAAGGAAGGGCCAAAGAGAAAAAGGAAAACAAACAUUUUUGCCAUCUCUUAUCUCUUCUCCCACCCUUGGAGAGGAGAGACCCACUGAUCUUCUCUUCUACGCGAGCAUUUUGAUCUUCUUCUGCAGCGUAAAAGAUGGCCAGGAACAACAGGGACGAGGGAGCAGCAGCGGUGGAGGGUGCGCGUGAGCCCGUGAUGGUGGGCGGGAACCAGGGAGGGCAAGGGCUGAAGAAGGGGCCGUGGACGUCGGCAGAGGAUGCUAUCCUGAUCGAGUAUGUGAAGAAGCACGGGGAAGGGAACUGGAACUCCGUGCAGAGGAACACCGGGCUGAUGAGGUGUGGGAAGAGCUGCAGGCUCAGGUGGGCUAACCAUCUCCGGCCUAACCUUAAGAAGGGUGCGUUCACUGCCGAGGAGGAGCGGACCAUCAUCCAACUCCAUGCGAAGUACGGCAACAAGUGGGCUCGCAUGGCUUCGCUGUUGCCGGGUCGAACUGACAACGAGAUCAAGAACUACUGGAACACGAGGAUAAAGAGAAGACUCAGAGCAAAUUUACCUCUGUACCCGGAAGGAAUCCGAAGGGCCGAACUUCUGCACCAGAGAAGGCAUCAGCUACUCCAUCACCAACACUACUUGACAUCUUCUUCCUUAUUGCAACCCCAACAAGUAUUGCCGAAUCCACAAGGAAGAUAUGGGUUCAAUCCGUCUCACCAUUCCUUCCAUCAGGCUGGUUUUACAAUGCCAUCGAUCAAUGUUUUGUCUAGUACUCAACAACCCUAUAUGGUCCAUUCAGAUCCAAAUCAUCUCAACGAAUUCCUCCUCAAUAACCUCAAUGGCAACUUCUCCGUGCCUAUCCCGUCACCAUCAAGCUUCUUUGAUCAAAGCAUCCCAGCCCAUUUGCUGCAAAACCCUAACUCACUUCCCGUGAAUUCUCUGGGCAUUUUCAAUGAUGAUCUAACUAGUCUAACUGCCAUGCUGAUGGGGGCUCCAGUUGAAGAUUCGGGCAACAAGUUGAGCACUAACAAAAAGCUCUCUUCGGGCAAAAACCAAUCCACAGGGCCAACAGCACUAGCCCCCUCCAGCUCUUCACCAAAUAGCGACGAUUGCUUGAUCGGAGCCCACAGCAAUAACUCUGAUGAGUACAAUGACAUCAAGCGGGAGCAGCCAUUGGCAAAUCGGAACAGUGGUUUGCUAGAUUCUCUCUUGGAGGAGGCUAAAGUCCUUACUUCUCAGAAGAACUUCAAGGACGAAGACAGCUCGUACACAGCUGAUGGUGCUAACGGGAAGCAAACAGUUGAGGACACUCCGGAUGAGUUCUGUAUCGGGCCAGAAGAUCUCGAGGAGAUUAUGAAAAUGGAUAAUCCAUUUUAUUCAAUGGACGAGGAACUCUCAAGCUUGCUAAUGAAUUUCCCAUCUGCCAUGCCAAAGCCAGAGUGGUACCUAUCUGGCAGCAACAAUGACGCAACCGGACAAUCAUCAAGCAGGGCAAAAGAAAAUAGCUCAGCAAGUCUUGAUGUAUGCAAUGCUGAUGACGCGACCCCUCCACGGGUCAUGGCCACCUCUUCAGAAUCGGACUGGAGCCUGAAGGCAAGCUGCUGGAAGAACAUGCCGGGGAUACAUUAAAAAGCAACAUAUGAAGAGAGUCGUGGUUUACCUUAUCCUGUCAUCAAAAUCUAGUCUAGGGUUCAUAGCUCUUCGUGUGUACAUACAUACAUUUGUGCGUCAAGUUGAUGCAUGCAUGUAUAUAUGUACAUUCGCGAGGAGUUCAAUACAGUUGUUAGUAGUUAUAGCUAAGGUAGCUGUUUAGUGUCAAAAAAAGAAAAAUAAAAAAAAAGAGCAGCUUAGGGUAAAAGUAAAAACCGUAGAUAUAUCUCGUUCCUCUCUUCGGAGACAGCUGAUAAGUAGUUGUUUUAUUGGGACUUCAUUUCAACAGAGAAAAGAAAAAAAAGUAGCUGUUUUAUUA